UCGCCUGUCUGUGUUCGUGAGAGAGAGUGCGCCGAUGAAAUCCGUAUAGUUUGGGGACUCCAACGUGGCAAGCGGCAUUCAGUUGGCUCCAGCGCUUUACCGUCGACGGGUUCGCUUGGCUCUGAUCCGCACCGUGUUGUAGCACUUCAGAUUUAAGCUCGUGGAUCCACACUUCGAGUCACGACUUUUUUUUUGGUGAGCGUCGCAGAACCUGUUUUCCCCAGCCUCGUGGAUUUUUGGGCAGCAGGUUCUCGAGCAUCCAGUGAAAAUCCAAUCGAAAGAUCUCCAUACAGAAGUAAGUGUUCCCGAAUGAAAUUGUUUGCCAUGCGGAUUCAUUGAAUCGUAAUUGGCAUCGAUUGAUCAAAGCAUUGCGCCCCAGACUUGCGAUCCACAAACAAACGAUCACACAGCCCCCAUCAGCUGUGGCCCAGUCCCACUUUCCAUCCCCAGUGGACAUCGCGGGAGCAGGGUCAACAAUCGCCGCACUUCUUAUCGGCUACACUUCUAUUUGUUGCUGAGAUAAGCCAAAUCUUGCCCGCCAACAAACAAAAUGGAUGAGCAGCAUCGGAACCUCAAUCAAAAUGGCAGCGAAUCCAAUGGUAAGCAGGCCAGGAUCGUUUCGGGACUGGAUCGACCGCUGAAGACUCCUCCGCCUGGCGAACAGACAAGGGCAGUGCGGCGUCAAGUGAUCGCUGUUAUCCUGGCCAACGUGGGUGUCUUCUCAACGGGUAUGACCCUGGCCAUGCCCACCGCCACUCUGCAUCAGCUGAAGGACACCACGGAGCCAGUGCAUCUGAACGAUUCGCAGGCUUCCUGGUUCGCAUCGGUCAACGCUCUGUCCGCUCCUCUGGGCGGCUUGCUGUCCGGUUUCUUGCUUGACAGGAUUGGAAGGAAGAGAUCCCUGAUCGUGCUCAAUGUACUAACUAUUAUUGCAUGGAUUCUGCUGGCAACACCCAGUGAGAGCGACCAAAAUGCCUUCUUUUUGCAACUAAUUGUCUCACGAUUUUUGCUGGGUGUUGGUAUGGGACUGGCCAGUGCGCCACCAGGAGUCUAUGCGGCCGAGAUCAGUGUGCCCAAGACGAGGGGCAGUCUUAUACUGGGCACAUCCAUUUCAGUGGCCGGUGGCAUAACGAUUCUCUACGGGAUCGGUUACUGCAUCCGCGAUGAUUUCCGACUGAUUGCCCUCAUCUGCUGUGGCUACCAGUUGGUGGCACUGCUCUGCGUGCUGCCACUUCCGGAAAGUCAUUGCUGGCUUCUGUCCAAGAAGCGUGUGACGGAGGCGAAGAGAUCACUUAACUACUUCCGUGGAUUCAACAAAUCGGAUGAAAUCGCACAUCCCCAAGUGCUCGAAGAGUUCCAGCUUCUGCAGAAAUCCCUGCAGCAGAGGAACGCCGCGGUGAAGGAGUCCUUUUGGCGUAAUCUGCGCGAACCGGAGGUCUACAAGCCAUUGGUCAUCCUGAUGAGUUUGUUUGCCUUCCAGCAGCUAACCGGAAUCUUUGUGGUCAUCGUCUUCGCCGUGCAAAUUUCCCUGGAGGCGGGCAUCGAAAUCGAUCCCUUCAUGUGCGCCGUGCUCAUUGGUUUGGCUCGCUUGAUCACCACCUGCCCCAUGGGAUACAUCCUCGAGUUGUGGGGUCGCCGAAGGGCAGGGAUUAUCUCCACCUUGGGCAUGUCCGUGUGCAUGUUCCUUUUGGCGGGACACAGCCAAAUCGAGUUCCUCAAGGAAGUCCCAUAUCUCCCGGUGGUAGCCAUCGUGGGCUUCAUUGUGCUGAGCACUCUGGGUCUUUACACCCUGCCAUUCUUUAUGAUCUCCGAGCUUUUUCCGCAAAAGGUUCGAGGACCCGCUUCAGGACUCACCGUGGCCGUGGGCAUGUUCAUCUCGUUCGUGGUCCUUAAGACCUAUCCCGGCAUCAAGGAAUACCUGGGAAUGUCGAACUGCUUCAUCAUUUUCGGGGUCAUGGCUCUGUUUGCCCUGAUAUUCGUUUAUCUCGCCCUACCAGAGACACGUCGUCGAACUCUUUUGGAGAUCGAGGAGCAGUUCCGAUCGGGUCGCAGUCGCAAGUCUCAAAACCAGGCUGAUGUUGAAAUGAAGGAGGUUUUUGUUCGAAAGCCCGAGGAAUAGUUUUUCGAAUGAGAUGAACUAACUUAAGUAGAUCCCGUGAGGUGCUUAGUACUGUGAUAGACAAUAAGCAACCAGACAAUAAUAAAAAUAAGUUUUUAACUUAUGAUGAACAGCUGAAUUUUCCAUUGGUGCUAGACUAAAAAAAUCGUAAGAAUCUACAAAUAAGCGUUUGUUAUGUUUCUUAUAUACAUAUAAGAUAUUAAAUUAAUUCUAAUAAACGUAUCAAAUAAA